AUGGCCACUAGAGUCCAGACAGAUCUACCACAGAGGAGAGGGUCUGAUCUACGCGACCGACAACCAGAAACACGGAACAUGGCGGAUUCACAGAAACAAUAUCAUUCGAGCAUGCCGUCCAGCCUCACUCGAACCAAUUCGGAGCAGGAAAAGCAUCAACACCGCUUCGUCCAGGGCUUCGAGGAGAAGCCGGAAAAAGUCGACGAUAUCAUCAGCCGAUUAGACGGGGAGAAUGAGCGACUCGCCUUGGAGAAUGCGAGAUUGACGUCCGAAGGCGAGGAAUUGAGGUCGGAACGAGAGAGAUUGAGGUCAGAUAAUGAGAGAUUUGCGUUGGAAAAUGUGCGAUUGACGUCGGAAGCCGAGGGGCUGAGAUUGGAAAGGGAAAGACUGGUGGCUGAAGUUGAGCGACUGACAUCGCAAAGCGAGAGACUGGCGAUGGAGAAUGAGCGGUUAACAUCCGAAGGCGACGGACUGAGGUUAGAAAGAGAGAGGUUGAGGUCAGAUAAGGAGCGACUGACGUUGGAAAACGGGUUAUUGACGUCCGAAGGCGAAGGGCUGAAGUUGGAGAGGGAGAGACUGCGAUCUGACAACGCGAGACUGUCGACUGAUGUUGGGAGACUGAUGUCGCAAGGGGAGAGAUUGGUAGUGGAGAACGAGAGAUUGGCGUCGCAAAACCAGAGACUGACGUCGACGAUUGCAAGUUUGAGGGCUGAUCUUGCGGAGAUCAAAACGGAGUUGAGAAAUCGUCCCUGUUGUUGCGUGUGCUGA